AUGGGCCAGACUCUAACCCCCGCUGCACCAGUUGAGAAUCCAGAAACGACCCAAAGGCACAGACGAGAGGUUUCGGAGCUGAACAGCAGACUCAACAAGACUCUUGCUGAUGCACUGGAAGAGGCCAACCAGCGCCGCACGAUUGAGGAACGCGAGGCUGACACCCGCCGACUGCUUCGUCUCGCCGAAGAAGAACUCUCUCUUCUCCGAAAGACUGUGGGUGAUAAAGAGCAGCGCAUUCAUUCUUUGGAAAACCAACGCGAAGAGCUUGAGAUUCGCGUCGAUGCAGCCGAGGUCACUCACGCGCAUGAUCGAAAGCAGCUUUCAGACUUGGAGGUAGAGAAUUCAGCACUCGAGUCUACUCUUGAAGAAUACCGCAUCUCUAGUACCAAGUGGAGAAAAGAACUCGAGGAAUCCCGUCUCUCUGCCAAGAAAUGGAAGCAAGAAGCUGAAGUCGCUGCUCGUGAUAACGCCAAUCUCCAAGAAAGCAUGUCUGACUUGAAGAACCAGAUUGCGGAUGGUCUCAACAUUCGUGAAAGCAUGCGUAGCAAGCUCGAUAAGAUCAACCAUGGCAUGAUUUCGGCAGCUGAACAAUUAGCCAAUGAAAAGGCAACAUGGCAAAACCGCAACGAGGAAUUGCAGAAGAGAUACGUUGUCUUGCAAGCUCGUCUGGAAGGCGAGGUUAGCAUUAGACGUAGCAUGGAGGAGGAGGUACACAGCUUGCGUGCCCAAGCACAUGAGGCUGUUACCACCAAGAUUCAGCUUGAACAGCUGCAGAGAUCCACCACCUUGCAUGAAGAGACAGUCAGAACACUCAAGGAGAACCUUACCUCAGAGCAGACUUUGAGCGCCCGUCUGCAACGCGACUUGCAUGAGUCAAGAGAGUCUGGAAGAGCCGAAGUUCAGCGCACCCAGAUGAUUAUGCAGUCUAGUAUUGAGGCAGCCGAGAGCCAGGCCAACAUCAUCCGUGCUAGCCUGGAGCAUGAGAUCAUGCUCGCAAAGAAUGAGAUUGACAAUAUCAAGAUGGUCUCGGAAGCUGCCCGCGAAAGACACGAACGUUCUCUGGAGCAAGAGGCUGACCUCAGACGCGAUGCUCUUCGCAAAGUCAACGAGACUAGCAGUGCUGCUUUGAAUGAUCUGCGCGAAAAACACGCAGAAGAGGUCAGAUACCUCAAGUCACAGUACGAAAGAAGUGUCGCCAAUGCCUACGAAGACAAGCAACGUUCCGCAGUGCACUUCAAUGACAGACUUGAGCUGUCAAAUGACCAGGUUUUGCACUUGCGUGACAAGGUCGCUCAUCUGGAGGAACGUCUGAAUGUCGCCAAAUCUGCAGCACAGGCAGCCGCGUCCGCUGCUCAAGCUGCGAAGUCUACUCCAUUGGCUACACCCGCAACCACAGCUGUAUCUCGUGAAGAGCCUGAGAAGAUCUCGCCUCAAGCUCUUCGCGAAUCUAUCCUGGUCUUGCAAGAGCAGCUUCAGGAACGUGAAACUCGUAUCGAGCGUCUGCAGAAUGAGAUUGCAAAUGUCGAUACCACAGCACCUGCAAAAUUGAAGGAGAAGGAAGUUGAGAUCUCCUGGUUGCGCGAGCUUCUUUCUGUCCGCAAUGAAGAUCUCAAUCAGCUCGUUGAUACCUUGUCAAAGUCGGAAUACGACAGAGAUGCAGUCAGGGACUUUGCUAUCCGCAUCCGUGCCAAUCUGCAGAUGGAACAACAAGAGAAAGAGCGUCUCAUCAAUGCUGGCCCCUCGCUGACAGGUCAAGCUCUGGCCAAUCUGACCAAUUUCGCUACACCCAAGGCAGUGUCUCUUGCCGCGGCGUUUGGUAACUGGCGCAAGAGUAGAGAGGCCUCGCGUCCUGCAUCUGCUCCCAAAGCUCCAGCUUCAAGAGCAACUGCUAGGUCGUCUGCUGCUGCCGCACGAUUGGCUGAUGGCCGCACGCAAACACCUUCUAAGCCAGCACCUCUACCAUCACCGUCCGUCCUAUCCGGUCUCAUGACCCCUCCCGCCACAAACUUCCGCCGCACUCCUAGUCCAGCUGAGGUGCCUAGUGGAUCACAGCGCUCGAGCUCCAGCUUCUCUGAUAACGCACAGCAAGCCGAGACCAAGAUGAGCUACUUUGACACCAAAGCUCACGAGGUGGGCGAAGUGAGCCCUAUGGUCUUCAGACGUCAAAGCUAUGAUGAAGAUGCACAGCUCGGCGAUAUCGAUACUGGCAUUGGAGCUGAUGAUGAGGAAGAGCAGAGAAUUGUCAACAUGGACGAUGAAGCCCAAAGUCCUCGCGAUCAAACCGCCGAGGAGCUGGUCGGCAGAAGUCUGGCCAACGAGCUAGAGGCAAUGUAG